CUCCUCCCCCCCCAUUCCGCUUCCGGCAGGGCCUGGUUGGAUCAAGGAGCUCUCUAAGUCACUUCUGGGCGACUGAUAUUUUUGUUUCCGGUCUAUGGGACCCGGCUGGGAUUUGCUGCUGCCCGCAGCAGCUAGUGACACCACGACCGCCAUCAUGUCUGACACAGACAGCGAUGAAGAUUCGGCGGGAGGAGGCCCAUUUUCUUUAACCGGUUUCCUUUUUGGCAACAUCAAUGGAGCCGGGCAGCUGGAGGGGGAAAGCGUCUUGGAUGAUGAAUGUAAGAAGCACUUGGCAGGCUUGGGGGCUUUAGGUCUUGGCAGCCUGAUCACUGAACUCACGGCAAACGAAGAAUUGACUGGGACUGAUGGUGUCCUGGUAAAUGAUGAAGGAUGGAUCAGGAGUACAGAAGAUGCUGUGGACUAUUCAGACAUCAAUGAGGUAGCAGAAGACGAAAGCCGAAGAUAUCAGCAGACAAUGGGGAGUUUGCAGCCUCUUUGCCACUCAGAUUAUGAUGAAGACGACUAUGAUGCUGAUUGUGAAGACAUUGACUGCAAGUUGAUGCCUCCUCCACCUCCACCUCCAGGACCAGUGAAGAAGGAUAAAGACCAAGAUGCUAUUACCAGUGUGUCUGAGGAUGGAGAAGGCAUCAUCUUGCCCUCCAUCAUUGCCCCUUCCUCUUUGGCCUCAGAGAAAGUGGACUUCAGUAGUUCCUCUGACUCAGAAUCUGAGAUGGGACCUCAGGAAGCAACACAGGCAGAAUGUGAGGAUGGAAAGCUGACCCUACCAUUGGCCGGGAUUAUGCAGCAUGAUGCCACCAAGCUGUUGCCGAGUGUCACAGAACUUUUCCCGGAAUUUCGGCCUGGGAAGGUGUUACGCUUCCUACGUCUUUUUGGACCAGGGAAGAAUGUCCCAUCUGUUUGGCGGAGUGCUCGGAGAAAGAGGAAGAAAAAGCACCGUGAGCUGUUACAGGAAGAGCAGAUCCAGGAGGUGGAGUGCUCAGUAGAGGCAGAAGUCAGCCAGAAGUCUUUGUGGAACUAUGACUAUGCUCCACCACCACCUCCCGAGCAGUGUCUCUCUGAUGACGAAAUUACGAUGAUGGCUCCUGUAGAGUCCAAGUUUUCCCAGUCAACUGGAGACAUAGAUAAAGUGACAGAUACCAAACCAAGAGUGGCUGAGUGGCGUUAUGGGCCCGCUCGACUGUGGUAUGAUAUGCUGGGUGUCCCUGAAGAUGGCAGUGGGUUUGAUUAUGGCUUCAAACUGAGAAAGAUGGACCAUGAACCUGUGAUAAAAUGUAGAAUCAUUGAGGACUUUAGGAAACUUGAGGAGAACGGUGGCACUGACCUUCUGGCUGAUGAAAACUUCCUGAUGGUGACACAGCUGCAUUGGGAGGAUGAUAUCAUCUGGGAUGGGGAGGAUGUCAAACACAAAGGGACGAAACCUCAGCGUGCAAGCCUGGCGGGCUGGCUCCCUUCCAGCAUGACUAGGAAUGCCAUGGCCUACAAUGUCCAGCAAGGUUUUGCAGCCACCCUGGAUGAUGACAAGCCUUGGUACUCCAUCUUUCCCAUUGACAAUGAGGAGCUGGUGUAUGGACGCUGGGAGGACCAUAUCAUCUGGGAUGCUCAGGCUAUGCCCCGGCUGUUAGAGCCUCCUGUUUUGACACUUGAUCCCAAUGAUGAGAACCUCAUUUUGGAAAUUCCUGAUGAAAAGGAAGAGGCCACCUCUAACUCCCCCUCCAAGGAGAGUAAGAAGGAAUCCUCUCUGAAGAAGAGUCGAAUUCUCUUAGGGAAAACAGGGGUCAUCAAGGAAGAACCACAGCAGAACAUGUCUCAGCCAGAAGUGAAAGAUCCAUGGAAUCUCUCCAAUGAUGAGUAUUACUACCCCAAGCAACAGGGUCUUCGUGGCACCUUUGGAGGAAACAUUAUCCAGCACUCAAUUCCUGCCGUGGAGUUACGACAGCCCUUCUUUCCUACCCACAUGGGGCCCAUCAAACUUCGGCAGUUCCAUCGCCCACCUCUGAAGAAAUACUCCUUUGGGGCGCUAUCUCAGCCAGGUCCCCACUCAGUCCAGCCCUUGCUAAAGCACAUCAAAAAGAAGGCUAAGAUGAGAGAACAAGAGAGACAAGCUUCUGGUGGCGGAGAGAUGUUUUUUAUGCGCACACCUCAGGACCUCACAGGCAAAGAUGGAGAUCUUAUUCUUGCAGAAUACAGUGAAGAAAAUGGACCGUUGAUGAUGCAGGUUGGCAUGGCAACCAAGAUAAAGAACUACUACAAGAGGAAACCUGGAAAAGAUCCUGGAGCCCCAGAUUGUAAAUACGGAGAAACGGUUUACUGCCAUACAUCUCCUUUCCUGGGCUCUCUCCAUCCUGGUCAAUUACUGCAGGCCUUUGAGAACAAUCUUUUUCGUGCCCCAAUUUAUCUUCAUAAGAUGCCAGAAACGGACUUCCUUAUCAUUCGAACAAGACAAGGUUACUAUAUUCGAGAAUUAGUGGAUAUUUUUGUGGUCGGCCAGCAGUGCCCCUUGUUUGAAGUUCCUGGGCCCAACUCCAAAAGGGCUAAUACACAUAUUCGAGACUUUCUCCAGGUUUUUAUUUACCGCCUCUUCUGGAAGAGUAAAGAUCGGCCACGGCGGAUCCGAAUGGAAGAUAUCAAAAAAGCCUUUCCUUCUCACUCAGAAAGUAGCAUCCGGAAGAGGCUAAAGCUCUGCGCUGACUUCAAACGCACAGGGAUGGACUCAAAUUGGUGGGUGCUGAAAUCUGAUUUUCGUUUACCAACUGAAGAGGAGAUCAGAGCUAUGGUGUCUCCAGAGCAGUGCUGUGCUUAUUACAGCAUGAUAGCGGCAGAGCAGCGGCUGAAGGAUGCUGGCUAUGGUGAGAAGUCCUUUUUUGCUCCAGAAGAAGAAAAUGAGGAAGAUUUCCAGAUGAAGAUUGAUGAUGAGGUUCGCACUGCUCCUUGGAACACCACAAGGGCUUUCAUUGCUGCCAUGAAGGGCAAGUGUCUCCUGGAGGUGACUGGGGUGGCAGAUCCUACAGGGUGUGGUGAAGGAUUCUCCUAUGUCAAGAUUCCAAACAAACCAACACAGCAGAAGGAUGAUAAGGAGCCUCAGCCCGUGAAGAAGACAGUGACAGGAACAGAUGCAGAUCUCCGUCGCCUUUCUCUGAAAAAUGCCAAGCAGCUUCUACGAAAAUUUGGCGUGCCUGAGGAAGAGAUUAAAAAGUUGUCCCGUUGGGAAGUGAUCGAUGUGGUACGCACAAUGUCAACAGAACAGGCCCGCUCUGGAGAGGGGCCCAUGAGUAAAUUUGCCCGUGGAUCAAGGUUUUCUGUGGCUGAGCAUCAAGAGCGUUACAAAGAGGAAUGUCAGCGCAUCUUUGACCUACAGAACAAAGUUUUGUCAUCGACUGAAGUAUUAUCAACCGACACAGACAGCAGCUCAGCUGAAGACAGUGACUUCGAAGAAAUGGGAAAGAACAUUGAGAACAUGUUGCAGAAUAAGAAAACCAGCUCUCAGCUGUCACGUGAACGGGAGGAGCAGGAGCGGAAGGAACUGCAGCGGAUGCUACUGGCAGCAGGUUCAGCAGCAUCAGGAAACAAUCACAGAGAUGAUGACACAGCUUCUGUGACUAGUCUUAACUCUUCUGCCACUGGGCGUUGUCUCAAGAUUUAUCGCACAUUUCGAGAUGAAGAGGGGAAAGAGUAUGUUCGCUGUGAGACAGUUCGAAAGCCAGCUGUCAUUGAUGCCUAUGUACGCAUACGGACCACAAAAGAUGAGGAAUUCAUUCGAAAGUUUGCCCUUUUUGAUGAACAGCAUCGAGAAGAGAUGCGAAAGGAACGGCGGAGGAUUCAAGAGCAGCUUAGGCGGCUAAAGCGGAACCAGGAAAAGGAGAAGCUUAAGGGUCCUCCUGAGAAGAAACCCAAAAAAAUGAAGGAGCGUCCUGACCUAAAACUGAAGUGUGGGGCUUGUGGUGCCAUUGGGCACAUGAGGACAAACAAAUUCUGCCCCCUCUACUAUCAAACAAAUGCUCCACCCUCCAACCCUGUUGCCAUGACCGAGGAGCAGGAGGAGGAGCUGGAAAAGACUGUCAUUCAUAAUGAUAAUGAAGAACUUAUCAAGGUUGAAGGGACCAAGAUCGUCCUGGGGAAACAGCUGAUUGAGAGUGCAGAUGAGGUUCGCAGAAAAUCUCUGGUUCUCAAGUUCCCCAAACAGCAACUUCCUCCCAAGAAGAAACGGCGAGUUGGAACCACUGUUCACUGUGACUACUUAAAUAGACCUCAUAAGUCCAUCCACCGACGCCGGACAGACCCAAUGGUGACAUUGUCAUCCAUCUUGGAGUCUAUCAUCAAUGACAUGAGAGAUCUUCCAAAUACCUACCCUUUUCACACUCCAGUCAAUGCAAAGGUUGUAAAGGACUACUACAAAAUCAUCACUCGACCAAUGGAUUUACAGACACUGCGUGAAAAUGUACGUAAACGCCUCUACCCAUCUCGGGAAGAGUUCAGAGAACAUUUGGAGCUAAUUGUGAAAAACAGUGCAACCUACAAUGGUCCGAAGCACUCAUUGACUCAGAUCUCUCAAUCCAUGCUGGAUCUCUGUGAUGAAAAACUCAAAGAGAAAGAAGACAAAUUGGCUCGUUUAGAGAAAGCUAUCAACCCCUUGCUGGAUGAUGAUGACCAAGUGGCAUUUUCUUUCAUUCUGGAUAACAUUGUCACCCAGAAGAUGAUGGCAGUUCCAGAUUCUUGGCCAUUUCAUCACCCAGUUAAUAAGAAGUUUGUUCCAGAUUAUUACAAAGUGAUUGUCAGUCCAAUGGAUUUAGAGACUAUACGUAAGAAUAUCUCCAAGCAUAAGUACCAGAGUCGGGAAAGCUUUCUCGAUGAUGUCAACCUUAUUCUGGCCAACAGUGUUAAGUAUAAUGGGUAAUGUUUGGCACAUAGUAGAGACUCAAUAAAUAAUCUGUUGCGUGAACGAAUGGCCAGAGGUGGAGCUGCAGUACCAAGAAAGGAGAGUGGUGCUUCAGAAGCCAUGGGAUUAGAGUUUAAGGAAGAAGUAAGUAUCGGCUGCAAACACAGCACAGGGCUUCCAAGGUCAAGUAUGAAAAAUGUUCACCACAUUUGGCAGUUAGCACAUCACUGUUGACUUGAAGAGAACAAUUUUUAUGAAGUCUUCUUUAACACUGCUUCAUUCUAUGACACAUUGCUACUUCCUCUACAGUCCCUUAUUACUUUCUCCAUUAUUGAAAUUGUGAGUGUAUAAUCUUCAUGAGGCGAUGAAAGGCAUCAAGGUCAAGGACCUGUCUUGUUUUUGUUAGUUUGUUCUGUUUUGUUUUUUAAUUUUUAUCUUUGUAUCACCAGAACCUGGCACUGUACUUGGCUUAAAAAUGAAGAGUUAAGGCCUGUUAUGAAUUGUACUCUACAGGAAAAGGUGUUUUGAAGUCAUUAUGUGGUUAUUUUUUCCAAUGGCUGUAGAGAUAUGAUGUGACUGUUUAGCCAAGACUGUGUUAUAUGUAUUUUUUUUAAUUUUAAUGUGUAUUUAUUUUUGAGAGAGAGAGAGACAGAGCGCAAGUGGGGAAGGGACAGAGAGAGAGGGAGACACAGAAUCUGAAACAAGCUCCAGGUUCUGAGCUGUCCGCACAGAGCCCAAUGCGGAGCUCGAACUCGAGAACGGUGAGAUCAUAACCUGAGCCGAAGUCGGAUGCUUAACCGACUGAGCCACCCAGGCGCCCCGUAUGUAUUUUUUUAAGUUGCCGAAUGGAAUAGUGGUUCAUUUAGGAAAGAGAGAAGCAUUUUCAGGUUCUUUAGGGCUUUUCAUCAGAUAGUCCUGAAUGUAAAUCAUACCUUUGUCCAGUGAGAUUUAUUACCCCAGUUCCCCUCUGGAUAGUUUCUGGCUUCUUGAAUUUCUGGUCCAGAUUCUGAGUGAGGUUCUGUUACUCCAGUUUGAGAGAUCAGACCUCUUAUCUUGGAAACUAAACAUCUUAAUUUGCAUUUGAUCCACAUUCUACAUAAUGUAAAGAGCCUAGCUACAGUCUCGAAGACUAGAUUUACUUCUCUUUUUACCUUUUCUGGACCUAGUUUGUGAUAAAUAUCUAAGAAUUGAGAGAGUUCAAGCUCAGUUUCUUUGGGAUCUGUGGACCAUUGCGUAGUUUCUUUAGGAAUUAGCUAUAUGGAUUUCUUCUCUCUUUUUAAAUCUGGCACUGAUUUUUUUAAGGGAGCUUUCUACUGCUACUAGGAUUUGAUUUGAUUUUUUAAUUUUAAUUAUUCACAUUGGAACACGUGCGUAUCCCCCUGCACCGUUCACUGUCAGAUAAUACUUUAGGUUUGUUUUGGCAGAGUACUCAUUUUCUUAGGAGGAAGGUUAUUUUGGGUAUCAACAGAAAGAUUCUCAAAGAAUAUGUGAGCUUGAGAGUGAUCACAAACAUCCUUUUCUCCUUGGUUGAGCAGGACUGCUCACCAACUUGACUGGUAUUUUCACUGAAACCUUUCAGGAAGCAAUAAUACUUGUUUUCCCUCUCUCACCAGAACCAUGAAGCUUGCAGCUUUCUUCUCACAUCUCUGCAGAGGUCAAUUAACUUAGAAAUGACAAAAAGAAUUUUCUUGAUUUGGGUGGAAAAUCAGCCUUCCUGAGCUGUCAUUGGAAUUACCACUACUUAAGGACAUUUGGAUUUGAAUUCUAUAUGAUUCUGUAGGUUACUGCCAAUCCUUAUUUGAAAUAAGGCCAAGUAUAGAUUUAUUUCCUUGACAAGACAUUUGCAAUUACAUUGCUCUGAUUUAAGGAGAGAGAGAGAAAAGCAAAGUAUAUUUGGAAAAACAUUUCUUUUUAUAAACGGGUAGCUUAUUCUCCUGUAGGGCACAGUGAUAAUUCAUAGAUGGCCUUAUCUUUCAUUCAUUUUUGUGUUGUUUUGGGAAUCACUCGUUAAAAAAUUAGUUCUGGUUUUCUGUGUUGUGACCUUUUAGGGACUACGAAAUUGAAUUCACUUUCCACUUACUCGUUUUCCUCCUAUGAUAGCUCCAGCACCUUUAUUAUUCCCACAGAGACCCUGUUAGUUUAUAUGUCUCUUUGCUGGACUCCUCUUUUCUUCCUAAUCUGUGAAGCCUACUGUUGAUCAUCCUACUUCUAGUAAGCUCCUGACUGCUGCAGAAUAGAGAGCAGUAUUUUUAGCUUUAUGGAAAUGGUGUGGUUAUAGACCCUUUUGAGAGUCUGUUGAAAAACCAUGGAUCUUCCACCCAGAAAACUGUAUAUUACAUAUAGAAUUUUGUUUAGUUUCAGUACAUUCAUGGAUCUCUUUAUCUCAUUACCACCCCAUUCAAGAAUUCCUGGGAUAAGAAAACAUCUGGGUGUCUUAUCCUUUUGGGGUGGGUAUGCAUUUAUUUAUUUAUUUAUUGAGGUGUCUUGAGAUACAAUGUUAUAUUAAUUGCAGGUGUACAUCAUAGGGAUUCGACAAUUCUAUACAUCGCACUAUUCUCAACACAGUAGUAGUGACAAUAGUUGCCGUCUGUCAGCGUACAACUCUAUUGCAAUAUUAUUAACCAUGUUCCCUAUGCUGUAGUUUUCACCUCUGAGACUUACUUAUUUUAGAACUAGAAGUUUGUACCUCUUAAUACCCUUCACCUAUUUCACCCAUGCUCCCACCCACCACCCCUCUGGCAACCACCAGUUCGUUCUCUGUAUUUUAAGAGUCUGUUUUUUGUUUGCUUGUUCAUUUUUUUGGGGGGGGGGUUUAGAUUCCAUAUAUAAGUGAAAUCAUAUGGCAUUUGUCUUUCUCUGUCUGACUUAGCAUUAUACCCUCUAGCUCCAUCCGUGUUGUUGCAAAUGGCAAGGUUUCAUUCUUUUUAAUGGCUGAAUAAUACUGUAUUG